AUGGAUAUUGUCAAAUCCGUCGGAAAUCUAAACUGGAAAGCCUAUUUCGAGCGCGAGUCAGGAGGGAGAAAGGGGAGAGCCCGAGCUCAUUGCGAAAAGAACCAGCAAGUCGAUCCCGGUUCCACAGAGGCCAUGAGCCCUGGCCAGAGCUCUGUCAAGGGAGAAGUAGCGGAGACGCUCCAGGUCAAGUUCCCUGUCCAAGUGGGUGUGAAGACAAGCGUGGAGGUCGGAAGUUGGGGGUUGGAAGGGGAAAACGGCGGAGCCGGAAGAUCAAACGUCUGA